GUUUUUUCGAGCAAUUUGAUUUGAUAACCUAAACGAAAAUAUUAAAUAUGAAAAAGUUCUAAUAAAAUAAAAAAAAAUACUCUUUCUUAUAAGACAUCCAUGUCUGUAUUGUGAUUUAUUUCUGCUCUUCGAAAAGUCUUACAAUAAUUAACUCGAUACAAGAAAAAUAUAUAUUGUAUUCGGAAACAUUCAUAUAUAAUAAAUUCUAAUACAAUCACAACACGUACAAUUCAAUCAAAAUGAUGCGCGGACCAAAAAUUGUAUGGCUGAGUAAAUGGUAUCACAGAGAACGACCAUGGAUAUCUGUUAUGAGGAGGUUAUAUGUGAAUGAAGUGGAAACUAAUAAAUCGGCAUUUCCUUUAAUUCAGAAAUGCGAUGUUACGCGAACUGCCUUCGAAAAUAGUCACGAAAACAAGCCAAGAAGCAAUCCCAGCUCCAGUCAAAACAAUGAGCACAAAAAAGGACAGCAGGAAGGUUUGGAACGAGCUUACAGUGUUCUGAAAAAUACACUGCCUAAACUGUUUGUCGAGCCACUUGACUACUCCAUUUACAGUCCAAACCUGAUCUUUCAAAAUAACAUUACCGGCAAACAUACCGUAGGUCUGUACCAUUAUGUUAAACAGAUUGCAAUCCUACGCACAGUUGGGCAUUUGAAGUAUGCGUACGUUAAAUUCGAGAUACUUAAAAUCACAAAGCACCCUGAAGAUGACACAGUUCGUAUAAGAUGGCGUGUUAGAGGCAUAUCUGGUCUAAAGGUAAUGUUCCAGUUCUGGAAAUACAAAGUGUGGCAGCUGCAAGAAGUGCUUAAGGAUCAAGAGGCAUGGUACGACGGUUAUUCUGUUUGCUAUUUAGGAGACGAUGGUCUAAUUAGCAAGCACGUCGUGGACAAAGUAAUGCCAGAUGAGAGUCGCGAGAUUGAUGAAGGCAAUACCACAUCGGCGCUACCAACUGGUUCCUUAGCGGCAACGGCGUCACAGAAAAUUAAUUUUCAGUAACCUUAUAAAUAUGUAUAUACAUAAGUAUGUAUUUAUUUGGUCAGUCAGUCAGUCAAUGUAACUAAUUGCUUAAAUAAAUCUAUUUAAAACUGUUAGAUUAUGCUUUAAGCAACAUUACAAAUAA